AUGGCAGAGCUCUGUACUCCUAACAUCGGCGGUAAGCGCUUUAUGUCCUUAACUGCUGGUUUCCCCAUCCCUAAGCAUAAGUCUGGGGCUCUUCAGCAAAUUCUUGGUAUGCAAUUUUACUUCCCAGAUGAAAUAGCUCGUGAUGAUUUCUACUCAUUCCCUAAGCCAAAAGAAGAAAAUGAAAAUCUUAAUCUUGUUAGCCGUUCUUUUAAUGCAUCAGUCACGGCACCUAAAUUGACCGAAAGUAGUUCGGAUAUGAUCAUUGAACCUCAUAAUAUUGGUUUAAUUCCGGCUUCUGAAUGGUCUCCAAGGCCUGUGUCUCUUGAAGAAAUUAAAUCGUCAUAUUUCACUAGGAGAAAUGGAACUUCGCGCUCAUUUGACGUUAAGUUAUAUAAUGCCCUUUGUAUCACCAAAAGUAAUCCCGCAGCGUAUAAGUUCAUUGGCGUUGCUUGGAUUGAUGAAACCCACUUUAAGAUUGAUGAGAAGAAAUUCUCUCAAUUUUUAGGCACUAAGUCUGAUUAUAUGACCUUGUUUGAUCAGCAAGGUCCAAUCAGCAAGUACGGUUUUGAACAGAUAUUCAAAGGAGCAAACCCCGCUUUCACAAGGAAUUCUUUAUGUGAUGAUGUUGAUGACUGCAAAGUUUGUAUAUUUAGUGAUCCUAUGCAUCGAUUUUCAAGAGACAAGCCAUUUACUCAUGUUGAUAUAUAA